CCCGCUGUAGAGUCAGUGAAACAGGCGCUGUUACAGGGAGUGGAUACACUUGUCGGCUCAGCUGAUCUGAAUGGCAACAAUAUUUUGGAAAUAGUCGUAAACAUUUUCAUCUAAUGAGGUAACGAGUACCGUAAGGAUCGCACUAAAUAAGGUUAUAGCAGCAGCAGAUCCUCAGGGGAACGAGAGAAGCCUUGUGAAUAUUUGGUGAAGCAUCAGUGGUAGCAGCGGCGACACCUGGUCUCCUGAGUCUCUGCGUUCGCUUUCAUCCUCAUCAGAGUGGCGGAACAAGAUGGGGAAUGGAUUAUCAGAGCCCCAUGCCAUCUUUCCCUGCCUGCCGUCCUUUCAGGCCCUGCACAUUGUUAUUCUCGGCUUGGACUGUGCCGGUAAGACUACUGUGUUGUACCGGCUUCGCUUUAAUGAGUUCGUGAACACCGUUCCCACCAAAGGCUUCAACACGGAGAAGAUCAAGGUGAAUCUCGGUGGGAAAAGCCGGACUGCAACCUUUCAUUUCUGGGAUGUAGGAGGUCAGGAAAAACUCCGGCCUCUGUGGCGCUCCUAUACGCGGUGCGCCGACGGCCUUGUGUUCGUAGUGGACUCAGUAGAUGCUGAACGCAUGGAGGAGGCCAAGACGGAGUUGCAUAAGAUCACACGGCUACAGGAGAACCAGGGGGUGCCCGUGUUGGUGGUGGCUAACAAGCAGGACCUGCGCAGCGCAUUGCCACUAGGUGAAGUCGAACAGAUGUUGGCACUGAACGAGCUCGGCUCUCAUACGCCUUGGCACCUCCAACCGGCCUGUGCCAUCAUCGGAGAAGGUCUACAAGAAGGCCUGGAACGUCUCCACUCCAUGAUCAUCAAGCGGAGAAAGAUGAUGAGGCAGCAGAAGAGGAAAAGAUGACUGUUUGGUGAAGGGAUGUGAGCUGGAUGUGGUGGUAGGCCUCUAUGAUGGCUCUGCUGGUGAUGUGCCAUGGGCCGUUGUGGCCCUGCGCUCCUGGAAUUAUUCUUUCGGCGGGCUGAGUUUUAUCAGUCAGAUGGUUCUGGAUAAAUACAGGUCAGAGACCGCAAGAGGACAAUAUUGAUUUACCACUUUGGUUGUUGGAUUGUAACAGCGGUGGAAUGAUCACAUGGAACUUUUACAUCAAUACAAGUGUUACAAAAUGUCAACAGGUCUUAUGGUACAUUGAGUUCUCAUGAAGGACAACACUGGACAUGAACUUGUAAAUGACGAAGACCUAUCCCUAAAGUCUUUGUCCUUGCGUCUGAAGUGUUACACGUAUCCUAGCAUCCUAGCAUUCAUGUAAAGUCUUGAAAUGGAAGGAUUGAUUACCAAAGCUGCCAUGAACAUCAUGAGAAAUCCAAUGUAUACAUUCAGGUGAUGUUUCCCCCAUUGGUUUUAUCCAGAAUGGCCAACCGUCAUUUUCCCUGGGUGUUUGUUGUCCCGGUGGACCAGGGGAACCAGAAUAAGCUUUAUGGAUCACUUGUUUGGGAAUGCACAAAUGUUGAAAUCAGAGUGGAGAAAGGUUGACCACUAAAGUAGUUCAACAGGUGAAUGUGGUAACUGUCAAGAGGUUAACUCAACAUGUUGAUGCAGUAACUUCUCCCAAGUUUGAGGACUACUGGUGUCAUUUCUAGCUGUACCCACAUUGUGUGCUUCCCUGAACGACAAGAGAUGUUUAAAUGCACUUUAGCAAUUCCCUUUUCUAAUCUAUGAACUUGCAGCAUCUGAUUUUUUUGUAAAGAGUUUAUCAUGCUACAAAAAGAAGUAAUGUAUUGCUUCAAGUGAAGCAUUUUUUUUUUUUUUUUUUUAAUAUCCACUGUUCCACAUUCAAAUAUGUCAGUUUGUCACUUAGUGCUCGUGUGUUGGGGGAUGUUCAUAUUUAUGUGUCAGAAUUUGUACACUUUGAAUAAAUCCACAACUACACUAAACAUCAUGUUUUGAGUCCUCAUUACUACCUGUUGCAUGACACACUCAUGCUAAUUAUCAAAGUUUAUGACCUGACCACGUCUCUAAUUGCAUUUUUAGUCUGAUAAUCGUUUGACGCACUUCACAGUUGAGUCACAGAAGGUUGUUCCUUUAUGUAGUCAUUACGACAUGCAAAAGUGAACUGUACACGUCCCGUUCUAGGCAUGCGACCAAACAAGAUGUACUUUGUAUGUCAUUGAACACCUAUAUAAAGGUUAAAGGUGCUGCAAGAGUACAAUUAUUGCAUCUCCAUAU